GUUUUCUCUCCUGAGCCAAGCAGAGCAGCCUGGUAGUUAUGUUGUUUUACAGAUCACUGAUCGCAGUGGUGGCGCUUGCGGCCAUGGUUUGUAUGGCAGCAGCCGGCGGUGGAUAUGGAGGUGGAAUCGGAAGUGGAUUUAGCCAUGGUGGAAGUGGCGGAUUCGGUGGUGCCACUGGAUUUAGUGGAAGCGGUGGAUUCAGCGGCGGUGGAUUUAGCGGAGGAAGCGGCGGGUAUGGCGGCGGACGAGGUGGAGGCAGUGUCGUCCGCGCGCGCUUGGUCGGCGUUGGCGUUCUUCCUAGCGUCGGCGGCGGCUCGGGCUUCGGCGGCGGUUUCGGCCAAGGCGGAGGACGAGGAUCCUUCGGCGGAGGACGAGGAAAUGGAGGAAGCUACGGAUGGUAAUCAUCAUACUCAAAGAACAUAUCUUUGUUUCUGAAAAUACGUAAAACAACAAAAGGGUCUUGCUAUUAUGUAACCUCAUGCAUAACAUGGAAAGGAAAAUGAAGUUGAACAUAUGGUAUGAUUAUAUAUAUAGUGAUCGGGUAAAGGAGCUUUCCUGUAUUUCUCAGCUCCAAUUCCACGCUGGAGAGAGAUAAACUAUAAAACAAAAAAAUCCAAAUAGCAAAUAACAACGAUAAUGGAAAUGAUAGUAACCACAACCGUUAUGACAAUAAGAAAUGAAAAUAUUAAUGACAUCAAUACUAAAAAUCCAUUGAUUAAAAAAUAAUAUAUUACAUUCCAUCCAGAUCCUAAACUGCAUGCCGUACAUAUUCUACAAGGAUUUACCAGUUUGAAAAUAGAAAAAGUCUUAAAAACAUUGUCACCUCCACACUUAUGUAUAUAUACUGUAUUCCUGCCUCUUGAACAAACAAACAGUUCUCAAAGCAUAAUUUCAACUGCCGCUAUCCUUUUAGGUUGUCAUUUUCUUUUCUUUUUUUUCGAAUUUACUGUUUGUAAUUGCACUAUUCGUGCUCAGCAUAUUCAACUCUAGAACAGACUGGUAUUACUACUUGCUGCUUGGCCCACUGCUUUCUCCGAGUAGGCGCUUUCUAGUGGGUCAGCUGCUUGUAUUUGUUGAAAUUUCCAAGAAACUAUUCCCCGACUGGACAUUAUACUCAAAUUACAGAGGGUUUUCAAAGCAAAGUUACUUUUGGAAAAUCUUCUUUCAUGAGUAAUAGCGUUGAUUAGGAACAAAUAAGUGUUAUUUAUAUACCAUAAGAAUACCAUAAAAAAAUGUAUUUAAGUGACAAACGGCAGGCUGAAAUAAAAAUGUUUCUCAAGGGAAA